AAAUUUUCCACUUCUUCAAAGUUCAAAAAAGCUAGAGAGAGAAAGAGGGAGAAGAGAGAGAGAGAGAGGUCACUCGAACAACAAUUCGAUCACUUUCAUCUGCUCACCUACGGAGGUUUUUUCAAUUCCUCGAAGCCAUUGAAGAAUGGCGGAGUCGUCGGGAACGACGCUCAUGGAUCUGAUAACGUCGGACGGUUCGUCGUCGAAGCCUCCCUCAGCGUCGUCGACUACGGCCGCGCCGCCCAUUGAUUCGGGGGCAAAUAUAAUGGCGCCGGGGCCACCGGUGCCGAUGACGGUGGAGCGGAGGUCGAAGAAGGGGACUCUGAUGCAGAUCCAGAGUGACACUAUCUCUGCUGCAAAGGCAGCUUUUAACCCUGUCCGAGCCAACAUUAUGCCUCAGAAGCAGAGGAAGAAGCAGCCCGUGUCUUAUGCUCAACUCGCGAGGAGUAUUCAUGAGCUAGCAGCCUCGUCUGAUCAAAAAAGUUCACAGAGGCAAUUGGUGCACCAUGUAUUUCCAAAGCUCGCUGUAUACAACUCUGUUGACCCGUCUUUGGCCCCGUCACUCUUGAUGCUUGACCAGCAGUGUGAGGAUAGGACCGUACUGCGUUAUGUUUAUUACUACUUGGCAAGAAUUUUAUCAGAUUCUGGUUCACAAGGCUUAAACCCAGGUGGUGGGAUACCGACUCCAAAUUGGGACGCUUUGGCCGACAUAGAUGCAGGUGGAGGUGUGACGAGAGCUGAUGUUGUUCCUCGAGUAGUAGAUCGGUUAAGUUCAGAGGCUUUAAAUGAAGAAGUGGAAUUUCAUCCACGGAGACUGCAAGCGUUAAAGGCUCUUACAUAUGCACCUUCUAGCAACUUAGAAAUUUUGUCGAAGUUGUACGAGAUCGUAUUCAGCAUUCUGGAUAAGGUUGCUGAACCACAGAAGCGUAAGAAGGGCAUAUUUGGAACAAAGGGAGGUGAUAAGGAGUCUAUCAUCCGGGGCAAUUUGCAAUAUGCAGCCUUAAGUGCUUUGAGAAGACUCCCUUUAGAUCCAGGAAAUCCUGCAUUUCUUCACCGUGCUGUACAAGGUGUUUUGUUCUCUGAUCCUGUAGCAGUGAGGCAUUCUUUGGAAAUUCUAUCCGAGUUGGCCACAAAAGAUCCCUAUGCAGUAGCCAUGGCAUUAGGAAAGCACGUGCAACCUGGUGGGGCCCUGCAGGAUGUUCUCCAUUUGCAUGACGUCCUCGCUAGAAUUGCACUUGCUAAGUUGUGCCAUACAGUAUCCAGAGCUCGAGCAUUAGACGAACGUCCAGAUGUCAAGUCUCAGUUUAAUUCUGUUCUCUAUCAACUUCUGUUGGAUCCCAGUGAAAGAGUUUGUUUUGAGGCUAUACUCUGUGUACUGGGUAAAUUUGAUCAUAUGGAGAGGAGUGAGGAAAGAGCUGCUGGCUGGUAUCGUUUGAGUAGAGAAAUUCUCAAGCUUCCAGAUUCACCUUCUGUAAAGGACUUGAGUUCUGAAGAAAAAGAUGCAGUUCCGCCAAAAGCCUCCAAAGAUAAAUCUUCAAAGAUAAGGCGCCCACAACCACUAAUCAAACUUGUCAUGCGCAGGUUGGAGAGUUCUUUCCGAAGUUUCUCACGGCCUGUAUUACAUGCAGCGGCAAGGGUUGUACAGGAGAUGGGAAAAAGUCGUGCUGCUGCUUUUGCAUUAGGUUUACAGGAUAUUGACGAAGCAGCUGAAGUUAAUACUUUUUCUGAAAAAAAUGACUCAUACGAUCCAGAUAUAAAUCCAACAGCGCCAUCUGAAGGUAUUCGUAGAGUUCCCUCAAUAUCUAGUGGGAUGGGUUCGAAGGAUACAGUUGCAAGUUUGUUGGCUUCACUAAUGGAGGUUGUUCGAACAACUGUUGCAUGUGAAUGUGUUUAUGUGCGUGCAAUGGUGAUUAAAGCGCUGAUAUGGAUGCAAAGUCCACAUGAUUCUUUCGAUGAACUGGAGUCCAUCAUUGCAUCAGAACUGUCUGAUCCAUCUUGGCCAGCAACUUUAUUGAACGAUAUAUUGCUCACAUUGCAUGCUCGUUUCAAGGCUACACCAGAUAUGGCAGUCACUCUUCUUGAGAUUGCUAGAGUAUUUGCUACUAAAGUUCCAGGAAAGAUUGAUGCUGAUGUGCUUCAACUUCUGUGGAAAACUUGUUUGGUUGGAGCUGGACCUGAUGGAAAACACACAGCUCUGGAAGCUGUAACAAUAGUUCUGGAUCUGCCACCCCCUCAACCUGGCUCAAUCUCGGGACUGACCUCAAUUGAUAAGGUAUCUGCAUCUGAUCCAAAGUCAGCGCUUGCUUUGCAGAGAUUGGUUCAAGCAGCAGUUUGGUUCCUUGGAGAAAAUGCAAAUUAUGCUGCUUCUGAGUAUGCUUGGGAGUCCGCAACCCCACCUGGCACUGCAUUAAUGAUGUUGGAUGCAGACAAAAUGGUUGCUGCUGCCAGCUCACGUAAUCCUACACUAGCUGGUGCUCUGACUCGACUCCAAAGGUGUGCUUUCAGUGGUAGCUGGGAGAUUCGUAUCAUUGCCGCUCAAGCUCUUACAACAAUGGCAAUUAGAUCUGGUGAGCCUUAUAGGCUACAGAUCUAUGAAUUUUUGCAUACUUUGGCUCAAGGUGGUGUACAGUCUCAGUUUUCAGAUAUGCAUACUAGUAAUGGUGAAGAUCAGGGAGCAAGUGGAACAGGCCUUGGAUCUUUAAUAAGUCCUAUGUUGAAAGUCCUAGAUGAAAUGUAUAGUGCACAAGAUGAACUCAUAAAGGAGAUGCGCAAUCAUGACAAUGCCAAAAAGGAAUGGACAGAUGAGGAACUAAAAAAGCUCUAUGAGACUCAUGAGAGGCUGUUAGAUCUUGUCUCACUCUUUUGUUAUGUUCCAAGAGCAAAAUAUCUACCUUUAGGGCCAACAAGUGCUAAACUCAUUGACAUCUAUCGUACUCGGCAUAACAUAAGUGCAUCAACGGGCCUCAAUGAUCCUGCCGUUGCCACAGGGAUCUCUGACCUUAUGUAUGAAACUUCCAAAUCAAGGGUUUCUGAUCUUAUUUAUGAAACUACCAAAACCAAGUCUGCUGAGCCAGAUGAUCUUGAUGAUGACCUUGUUAACUUUUGGGCUGCAAAUCUUGGCGAUGAUGGUGCACCUGCCAUGAACAGGGUCAAUGAAUUUCUAGCUGGUGCUGGUACCGAUGCCCCUGAUGUUGAGGAAGAGAACAUUAUUUCCAGACCUUCUAUGAGUUACGAUGAUAUGUGGGCAAAGACUCUCUUGGAAACAACAGAAAUGGAGGAAUAUGAUGCCAGAUCAUCUGGGUCUUCAUCCCCAGAUUCAAUUGGAUCCGUUGAGACAUCCAUAUCCUCCCACUUUGGGGGAAUGAAUUAUCCAUCGUUGUUCAGUUCAAAACCAUCUUCAAAUGUCUCCUCACAAUCCAAGGAAAGGCAAAGUGGAAGUAGAUAUAGUGCAUAUGAGGCUCCUGGUUCCCCGAUAAGGGAAGAACCUCCUCCAUAUUCAUCACCUGAUCAUCAAAGAUACGAGUCCUUCGAAAAUCCCUUAGCUGGCUCUGGUUCCCAAAGUUUUGAAGAAAGACGGCCCUCUUCAAGCAAUCCACAGUUUGGGUCGGCACUUUAUGACUUCACUGCUGGUGGCGAUGAUGAGCUAAAUCUCACGGCUGGUGAAGAACUUGAAAUUGAGGACGAAGUAGAUGGCUGGUUUUAUGUGAAGAAGAAACGACCAGGAAGAGAUGGGAAGAUGGCAGGGCUGGUUCCUGUGCUGUAUGUUAGUACAUCUUGAUGCUGACAAAGGCGGUCGGUCUUGCAUAUAAAACCUUAAAGUACACAAACCAACUCUGCUAUUACAGAUUGUUGGAACAAUACAUAGGGGGGGGUAAAGUCUGAUUUACUGUGUGUCUGUCUGUAUGUGUGUUUAUUAUCAGCGUAGAUCACUUUAACAUCUAAAGGAGUAUAGCUGAGGCGUUCAACGGGUACGUCCAUUUACCGUUAUUUAUUGCAUAGUCACAUCCCGUUGGUUUGACUUUUGACUCUGCUCUAUUUUGUAUUGUAUUUUUUUGUU